AUGAAAAAAGAAAAACUAUUUUUUUGUUUUAUACUAUUUAUUUGUUUUUUUUCUUUUAUUAAAAAAUGUAAAGGUAAAGAAAUAGAUAUUGAAAAUAUAAGUUUUUCAAGCUUUAUUAAUGAUUGUAACUAUCAAAUUAAACAAUUUGAAUCACAACCAGUUUUCCACCGUAUCUCAGGUGAAUUACUUUAUCAAGGUUUUGAUGAUUAUCAAAUAUCAAUAAUGGAUUAUUCAGGUGCUCCAGAUCCAAAUGAAUACAAUCAUUUUAAAUUACCAAUUUUAUACCAUUGUAAAGUUUAUACAGUAUUUUAUGGAUAUUAUAAAUUUGCAUGUUUAUCAAUAGAUAAAAAUAAUAACCUAAUUGUUGUUAAUCCAGAAAUGUGGAAAGAUAGUUAUUAUUUAAUUCAAAAUACCUCAAAUAGUAUCAAUAAAACAAAUUUAGAAAAUUCAUUCACAGCAACAGAUAUAAAUAAAAAUUUAAAUAUUUAUUAUUACUAUUUAUUGGAUGUAAAAGGUCAAGUAAAUGUUGGUAUGAAUAAAUUUGAAUGUAUUGAACGUUAUGAUAUUGGCUACGAGUGUAACAAAUUUUCAAUCAAUUUAAUUCGAUUAAAUCAAAUCAAAGUACCAAUAUUAAAUUAUACAGAUAUUAUUGGAAUAUUAGGAUAUAAUGAUUCAAUAUUAAUAUGUGGUAAUCAUCCUUCAAAUAAUAGUUUAAUAGUAUAUAAAUACAACAUUACAACUGAAGAACAACAAUUUUUAUUUUCAAAUGAUAUGAAAUUAACUCAUGUAAUUCAGCACCAAUUCUUAUCAACUCAAAAUUGUCUAUUCUUUUCAAAUAAAUCAAAUUCAUCAAUUCUUUAUGAUAUAUUUAAUGAACGUAUCAUUUUAAAAAAUGAUAAAUUAAAUUUAAAUAUAUCGGAACAUUUAGAACAAGGUAAUGAAAGAACUAUCUACUAUUUUAUGCAUGAUGCUGAAAUUGAAAAAUAUAUACCACCAAUUAAUAGACCAGGUUAUUAUGGCCAACCAUUACCAACAGAAGAACCAUAUUAUUAUAGCACACUAACAAACAAUUCAAACUCUAUUUAUCAAUUAUCACCAGUAUUAAUUUUAUUAAUUUCAAUUUUUAUUUCAAUUUUAUUUUUCUAA